GUAGGCAUUGUUGAGGCAGUUUGCUGUGUAGUGCUUUUUCUUAACUCCGAUGGCGUGCAGAAAGAGCAGGGGCAGUAGAAUUUUACUAUGUUUAGGACUUUUAGUGUUUGCCAGUUCAUUUUGCCUUUGCACAAAACUGACAAGACUUAAGGCAUUGGAUAAAUUAAGAAAAAACUCAACACUAAGCAAAGGUCAAGCUAAAACAAGGGAUACGCAGCGUGGAAGACUGUUAAUUGGGCAAAAUUCUCUGCCAGAUGAUAAACUCAACGGAACCAAAGCCACAAAGAACUUCCUGGAUGUUGAUACAGAUUACCAAGAAGACAUGGGUUGGGAAGACCCUAAGCAACUUCAAAGACAGAGUGAUGGCUUUUCAAAGCCAGAUAAUGCAGCAAUGGAACAACUCCUUCUAAUGGACCCAAAGGUUGAAUGUACAGGAGACUCCAUGAAGCUUCAAGUCCAAAAUGCUGCCUCUACCCCUGGAGCUCUGUUUGUGGAUAGGGGAAGUCACCUGUCUCCUCUGGCUCUGUCUAAGUUGCCGCCAAGCUGUGGUUACACCAUCAGGUCAACGCAAAGAGAAUUGGUCUUAGUUGCACCUUAUGAUGGGUGCUUUGUUGCUCUUGAGGAGGAUAGCUAUGUUCUCCCAAUGCGUUGGUUGGGGUUAAACGUGAGGAUGUCAUGUCCUUUGAUGAAGCUGUCUUCCCCUAACCCACCGAUGGUCACCUGCCAUCCUGAGGGCAUGGUUGUGAAAACUGGAUGGACAGUCUCAAUUACUAAAAUGAAUGUCAAAUUAAAUGGUAACUGGGAGCCAUUGAUGAAGGCUUCACCCAGAUGUGGUUUCAGUGUAGUUGUACAUCCUGAGGGUGUGGUCCUCUCUGUUCGCUAUACACCCUGCAUGGAGAAAAAGGAUGGAAUGUACACCCUUGAAUUGGCUGGAGAGGGAGAAGCUAAAAUGUCUUGUCCAUCACUGCCUUGGCCACAAGCAUCUGCAGAUCCACAGCAGCAGCCCUUCUACCCUCAGCCAGAGACUGAAAACCCUACUGCUGCUCCAAGUCCUCAGCAGACUAAAGUUCCUCCGGGCCAAGUACAACCACCAGUCUACCCUCAGCCAGAGACUGAAAACCCUACUGUUGCUCCAAGGCCUCAGCAGACUAAAGCCCCUCAGGGCCAAGCACAACCACCAUUUUACCCCCAUCCGUUCUACCCUCAGCCAGAGACUGAAAAACCUUCUGCUGCUCUAAGGCCUUCACAGACUAAAGCUCCUUGGGGCCAAGUACAACCACCAUUUUACCCCUAUCCUUUCUAUCCUCAACCAGAGACUAAAAACCCUACUACUGCUCCAAGUCCUCAGCAGAGUAAAGCCCCCCAAGGCCAAGUACAACAAUUUUACCCCUAUCCCUUCUACCCUCAGCCAGAGACUGAAAACCCUACUGCUGCUCCAAGACCUCCACAGAUUAAAGCUCCUCUGGGCCAAGUACAACCACCAUUUUACCCCUAUCCCUUCUACCCUCAGCCAGAGACUGAAAACCCUACUGCUGCUCCAAGACCUCCACAGAUUAAAGCUCCUCUGGGCCAAGUACAACCACCAUUUUACCCCUAUCCCUUCUACCCUCAGCCAGAGACUGAAAAGCCUGUAACGUCACCCUCUGCUACCACCAUGGAACAACUACGACCGGUCAUAACUCACAAUGAUGAACCUCCCCUGGAAUCUGCUAUUCCACAACCUAGUAAUAGUGAUGUAGUUCCACAAGGUCCUCAACUGGGCUCUCCAUAUGUGCUACCUGUGUACUGCCCUCAGUUUUGCCCAUCUGGAAUUUCUAAUUGCUGUCCACAAAUUGCUUUUCACCAACAUCACCAUUAUAUUAUUCCCUCUGGGCUUGGUAGAGAUGCACCUUCCCUUUAUCCAGGACUGCCAUACCUCCCAUUAGCAUAUUCUGGGUUUGGCAGUUUAAAUUCUGAUCUCCUUCCUCAAAAUCCAACCAAAAUAAGGACACAAGUUACCACAACUUCCAUCUCUGCACCCGUUUCAUCUCAGUCCCAGUACCUUCCAUCUGGAAAUCAAAAAUUUCCCCGGCCACCAGAUGGCAACCCUGCUGUACUAAAUCAUCCCAGCAAGCCUAGUAGUUUCGAUCAGCCAAUUUAUCCUUUUGUACCAAAUUCACUAUAUCCUCAUUGGCCAUAUGUUCGACAAAAUGAGGCGCUGCAAAGAAUACCACAAAGCCAAUCACCAGCUCAUUACAAUGUAUUCUCUAAACCUCAAGCUUCAGGUAGUGAACCAGUAAAUCCCUUGCUGCAAUAUAAUGAACAGUCCCCACAGCAGCAAAAUGGCCAAUUAUUGGCACGGGACAUUAAUCUCUCUGGGCCCAAUUUCAUGUCUUAUAGUGGCCAAUAUCUCCACAGCCACACAUGGCAAAGCAGCAGAAUACACCUGCAGCCGAGGAACAACAACAUCUAACAAAGCUAGUAAAUCUAGGCUAAUGCAGUCACAAGUUGAAAGUGAACUUGAUCGUCCUCUGGUCCCUUACAACAUGCUUCAAGAUGCUCAAGCACAAACUUAUGACAAGACGGCCCCCCACAAUGUCUCACAGCCAGAUCAUCAACAGAUUGACUCCUAUUCUGAACCAAAGAGUUAUUUGCUGCUACAGCAAGGCCCACGGGGAAGGAACUCCAACCCCUUCUUUGAAUCUCCACUGCCAUCAAAGACCUAGUUCGUAAUGCAGACUUGCAUGCACACAAUCGUGCAAAGCAUCACAGUAGCAAACCUCAAGAUGCUCAAAGUUUCAAGCCCCCACAAGAAACCCUCAACACCCCAAAAUGUUGGGGAAAGGAAUGUCCCAUCCCUUAUCUGAUGUCAACUACACGCCAAGACCUGGUGAUAAAUCAAGUUUACAAUUUAUCCUUUGAAUGGCGCACAUUCUGUGCCUUUGUCCCAGGACCCCUUUGACAGUGGGGUACAUUUAAAUCCUAAAUUCAAAAACUUCUGGAGGCCCAUGACACCUAGCCUCCAGCCAAAGCAUUGAACCUCCAUCUUCUUGUAAAACAUUUCAACAAAGAAGCUCUGCAGCUGACAAACCAGCAAAUGGACUUAACCAACCCAACCAACUCAUCCUUCAGAGAGAAAGUGGAAAUCAGAAGCAGAAAUGAGUUGCCGUCAAUGUGAAUAAACAACUGUAACUAGA